AUGACUAUCUCAGUAGAGCUUGAAAGCAGUGACAAGCGACGUAAGCAGCAGGACGACGAGAAAGCAAGGAGAGAGAUGGAGGAGGAGUGGCUGACACAGGCCCAGCGCAAGCGGAAGUCCUUGAGGGACCAGUGGCUGAGCGAGAACCCUCAGCCUGUCCCUGGGCGCAGCGCUGAGAACUACACAGAGGAGUUGCCAACUGAAGAGGAUAUAGUGGAGGUCAUUGAAUCCACAAGCUACACAGUCACCAAUGCCCAGAACCACAGCCAGGCUGACAUUGAAGAGGGUGGGAUACAAGACAUCAUCAGAGCUGCUGGGGGUCAGCUCCCUGGGCCAGUAAUGGAAAGGGUUCUCCAUGAGAAUGGACUGGAAGGUCGAUCAGUGCUGGGGAUGGUUGCAGUGCAGGUGGAGAGGGAUUCAAAGACAGGGGUCACCAAGAUCAGGUCUGUGGUGCCCGUGUCUGGAGCACCCAGGGCCUUGGGGGAGACGGUGUUCAAUGACAGCAGGAAGAGCGUCCACCACGUCGGCGGSGCAGAYGGYCAGCCUUCUGCUGAGGAGCUGGGACAGCUCCUUAGUGRCAUCAACGAUGUCGGGAUGCAAGUGCUGCUGGAUGAGAUCCCAGUUGUACCACAACAGAAGGCAGAGGAGAAGAUAGAGGUUGGUGGUGGGAUGGAAGAGGAGGUGGACAAUGUGGAGGACCCUGCCACACCUACAACCCUGGGCUACACUGAGGAAGAGGUUGAGGUUGUGGGGCAUGAGGAUGAUGAGAUUGACGAGGAGAUAGAAAUAGGAGUGGUGGAAAUUGUGGAGGGCCCUAUCCGACCGACCGACCUGGGCUACACUGAGGAAAAGGUUGAGGAUCUGGGCUGUGAGGAUGAUGAGAUGGACAAGGAGACAGGAGUAGGUCAGGUAGACCUUSUGGAGGGCACUGUCACACUGACCUUCCUGGGCUACACUGAGGUAAAGUCAYAGAGCGAGGGUCUGGGCCAUGAGSAUGAUAGAGAGUUGGUGGAGGUGGAGKGGGUGAUCAUUUCUGACGCGGGUGAGGAGGAGAUUGUUCUUCAGUCUCCVGUUCUUGGGUCUGAGACUGAACCCUUCCUGGGCUACACUGYGCAAYAGGUUGAGGCUGUGGMGCAUGAGGAUGAUGAGGAGGACGUGAGUGGAUUYGUUGUCUUUGUGGAGGGCCCUGURCCACCUGUCAUCCUGGGCUACGCUCAGGAAGAGGUUGAGGAUCUGGGACAUGAGGAUGAUCACCCCAGACCAACCCCACGCUACAGAGCCGAGGAAACAGGAAAGAGGGCAUCCAAACACAAUACCAAGUGCUGCUCUAUCAUGUGAUUCUGCACAUGAUAGAGCAUCACCCCCCCAUUCCUCUAAGCUAUGCCACUCAUGAUGAAUGGUCUGUAUGCUUGGCCUAAAUCUACAACAUUGUCUAAAUUGCACAGGAUGUGCUCCAGAGAGGCGUGCCUUUGCUCCUCAUCUAAAAUGUCACUGGUAUCCUGAGACUACAGUCCCACAUGGCUUGUGUCAUGGAGUGUUUACUGUUAUCCUCCUCUUCAAACAGCUCUGUGAACAGACUCCAGUGUGACUGUUACAAAGCCCUUCUGCCUCCUGCUGGACACAGUUCAGUAAUGCAACUAGGUUUUACUGCCAAAAUCCCAGCAGCACUCAUCUCCCGCUCCUCUGCCUUUGUGAUUGGUUGUAUCAGCCAAAAAAAAGUACUCAGCACUAUGUCCUCUAGGAAUGAAGAAUAUGAAGAAUAGAUGAAGAAUACAACAACCACUGAUCUGUUUCUUUUUGGAAAUAGAUUUUUAAAUAUUAAUCUCAGAAAUGCCUGAUGUG